GUGGCUUUUCACAUACAGCCAUACAAGGGCCGGACGGACCAGAGCAUGUAUGACAACAUCAAAUACAUUGUUGACAAGUAUGGAAAACAUGGCGCCUUCUACAAAUUCAAGUCGAGCACCGGGCGAGUACUGCCUCUGUUUUACAUCUACGACUCCUACCUGACACCGCCCGAGUCCUGGGCAGAACUUCUGACAGCUAAAGGCUCCCGCAGCGUUAGAGGCACGCCUUACGAUGGGAUUUUUGUUGCACUCAUUGUCGAGGAACGUCACAAAUACGACAUUCUAGCUAGCGGCUUUGACGGCAUGUACACGUACUUUGCCUCGAACGGCUUCUCGUUUGGCUCGUCUCACCAGAACUGGAAGGCCAUCAAGGCGUUCUGUGACGCAAACAAUUUGCUGUUCAUCCCAAGCGUUGGUCCCGGGUACGUGGAUACUGCCGUUCGACCGUGGAACAACCAUAACACCAGGAACCGUGUUAACGGACGUUACUAUGAGACGUCCCUGCAGGCAGCUUUGUCUGUCCGUUCAGAAAUCGUCACCAUUACGUCCUUCAACCAGUGGCACGAAGGCACACAAAUAGAGAAGGCUACGCCCAAGAAAACUGUGACCCGUUUGUAUCUAGAUUAUCAGCCUAACCAACCAGACCACUACUUGGAGCUAACACGCCAGUGGGCAGAGAACUUCAACAAAGAGAAGGACAAGUGGCUGAUGUGAGCGUCAGCUGAGUGGACGGUCUGAGCAUCGCUACAACAUGAUGUUGAGCUCGCUGCCACACCUCUGUGUUCCUCCACACAAAGUUUCCGCUCAGCGCUCUCUUCCUGUUUCGACUGCCUGUCAUUUUUGUACAUGUUAAUAAUGACAUGCACAUGUUGAUGCUUCAGGGUCGCAGUGAUAAACAGCUAACACUGGUUUUGUGAGUAGUGUGGUUCUGACUACUAAAACCAUGUGGAUGUGUACAGUAACUCUACUACUCUGUGAGGUUUAUGUUGUAUUAUCCAAUGCUCCAGACUGUUCUUUCCUGUCUUUCCAUGGUGACAAAUUAAACUGUGUGUCUGUUUACA